GUAUACUCCAAUUGGCUGUACUGUACGUCGCGCCUUUGCAUUAGCUGUUCGUCUGGAGUGCAUCGAGACCGCCCGCCUACCCCCGGCCUUCCACCUCUUGACGCGUUGCGGAUACCCGAGGUUCCUGUCGGCGAUCGAGCGCUCGAAAAGUUGCAUCAUCUGCUCCCAGUCCCAUUCCCAAUCACACACAUGUCUCUCUGCGCAUUGGCAAGGAGAACACCAGCGUCGCUGAGCUGGGCCUCGCGGACACGGAUAGUCGGCGCCAUGCCUCUGCGCGCAAAGGUCACAAAUCCCGCCUGGAUGACGGGCACCAGGAUGUACUCAACACCGACCGAGGACCUUACAAAGCCCCAAAAGGACGACGACCCGGAUGAUGUCAUCUUCACCAACAACUACGGCGUGCGCAGCAUCGAGCUCAACCGACCGAAGAAGCUCAAUUCGCUGAACGGCUCCAUGGCCCGCAAGAUCAUUCCCAGGCUGCAAGAGUGGGCAAAGUCAGAGCUGGCAGGCGUAGUCAUCAUCAAGGGCUCAGGGCGUGCGUUCUGUGCCGGAGGAGAUGUCGCGGCGCUGGCUCAGUGGAACAAGACAGGCGCUGAAGGACAGCAGAGGAGCUCGGACUACUUUGGACUCGAAUACAAGCUGGACCACCUGAUCGCGACAUACACAAAGCCGUACGUUGCGUUCAUGGACGGUAUCACAAUGGGUGGAGGUGUUGGUCUGUCCAUUCACGCCCCCUUCAGGAUCGCAACCGAGAACACCCUCUUCGCCAUGCCCGAGACUACCAUUGGUUUCUUCCCCGAUGUUGGCGCUUCCUUCUUCCUGCCGCGCAUGGAGGGUGCCCUGGGAACGUACCUGGCCCUCACCUCCGAGCAGCUGAGGGGCGUAGAUGCCUUCUACCACGGCGUCGCAACUCACUACAUCCACUCCUCGACUCUGCAACAACUCGAGUCUCGUCUUGCCGAACUCCAAUUUCCCGACUACAUGUCUCUCGACGAGCGCCACAAGAUCAUCAACGCCACCAUUGAGGAAUAUAGCACUGGUCUCCCCGCCGACAAGCCCGCCAUCUCCGGUGAACUCCGCAAAGUCAUCGACCGUGUCUUCCACGUCGACCAGCCAAACAUCAAAGCCAUCCUCGCCUCCCUCAAGGAAGUUGCCAACGACGAGAGCUCCUCCAAGCCUCUGAUAACCUGGGCUAAGAAGACCAUCGACACCAUCCAAACCCGCUCCCCCAUCUCUGUCGCCGUCACCCUCGAGCAGAUGCGCAUCGGUCGCCAAUGGUCCAUUGCUCAGACUUUCCAGAAGGAGUACGAUAUCGCCUCGGCGUUCAUGGCGCACCCUGAUUUCGUUGAGGGUGUGACUGCGAAGUUGAUCGAGAGGAAGAAGGAGCGCCCCAACUGGCAGCCUAACUCUCUUGAUGAGGUCAAGAAGAGGGAUGUUCACGGGUUUUUCGUUGGUAAGGAGAACGGCGAGAAGCUUCCUUUGAUUACAGACGCGGAUUACAAGGAGUACCCACACGCGUGGAUUGGUCUGCCGAGGGAAGAGGAGAUUUUGCGCGAGAUGAGCGGUAAGAAGGCUGAGGAUGCUCUUGCGAGCUUGUUGGAGAAGUAUGAGGGUAAGCAGGGUGUCAGGGAGAAGGUUGCAGAGGUCCUGCAAAGAUAUUCAUCGUAGAGAAGGAUGACAAUUAUUUGAUAUGUACAAACAAAAGUAAGAUAGAGUAUGUAC